AUGUACAAGAAAAAGAAGAAACUCCGUGUUGAAGAAGAAAAAGUCAAAUUAGAUUUAGAUCCAGAUUUGGUAUUAAAAACGCCCGUUGCUACUCCUUUUCGUGUUCCUAUUCCUGGACAUUCUGGAGGAACCCCAAUUAAUAACCAAAAUACUCCCUUAAGUCGAAAUGCCAAACAAACAUGUUUUCAACAAAUGAAACGUUUAAUUGAUUCUGAAGGGGAGAAUGAGUCAGAAGAUGGGGAAAAAUUGAGAAGAAGUUCAAAUGGAAUUGUAGCUAUCUCUGGAAAUAAUGUAGUUAAUACUGGUGGUAUUGAAUGUCUUUCUUCUCUUUCACACGAGGAUAUAAUCAAGAAAUUGCUUUCAAGUGCAUUCAGAGUACCUAUUCGUGGAUAUACAGGUAUGCCAUCAAAUCGUUUCCUUGGAAUGAGAAUGUCUGCAGUAAGGUGUUCUUUACAUGAUCCAUAUGCUGAAGGGGCAUUAGUGCUUUUUACACCACCAGAAUUAUCAGCACACGAACAAAUGAAAAUUGGAGAUACUGAACGUCAAGUCCAUGUAGUUGUCGACCCCCUUCUUUGCACUGUUCUCAGACCCCAUCAACGAGAGGGUGUAAAAUUUAUGUAUGAAUGCGUUACUGGAACUCGAAUAGAAAAUUUUAACGGAUGUAUAAUGGCUGAUGAAAUGGGACUGGGAAAGACGUUGCAAUGUAUUGCUUUGAUGUGGACACUUUUGCGUCAAGGCCCAGAAGCAAAACCAACAAUUAAUCGUUGUAUAAUUGUCUGUCCGAGCAGUUUAGUCAAAAAUUGGGACAAAGAAAUAUCAAAAUGGUUACAUGGACGUGUUAAUUCCCUUCCAAUCGAUUCUGGAAAAAGAGAGGAAAUUAUUAAUUCUUUAAAACAAUUUAUGUCACAAAUUGGUACAAGAAUAGGCACUCCAGUAAUUAUUAUCUCUUAUGAGACUUUUCGUUUAUAUGCUGAUAUUCUUCAUGAAAGGGAAAUUGGAUUGGUUAUUUUUCACAAAAAAAUGUCCGCAACUUUUUUGCGGACAUUUAUAUUUUUCUGCUCGAUUUCUCUGUAUUUUAAAAAUUUUUGA